AUUUUCCAGAUGUGAGUCGUUCUUUUGUAUUACGCAUCGAUUGAAAAAGUACUCACCUUUUGAAACCUAUAAGAGUUAAAAGGAAACUGUUGAAGUUGUUAUAAAGAGCGUGUUUUAUUUUGAUUAAAUAAUUCAAGGAUGGAUUAAUCGCAGAUUAUUGUAAUAAUCUACCUUUUCAAUAAACUGUAUUUUCAACAUUUUUAUUACGAAAAAAAAAUUAGGAGAUUUUUUUCUUUUAUAAUAAGAUAUUCUUUAUAUGACAUAUUCUAAUGAAACUAACUCGGUUUUGUAUCUAGAAGUGGCAGCGGAAAAAUUUUAUUUUAGAAAAGUGACUCCUACCAAUUAAUUCAUUCGAUAUGCCGGCCUCUGCGUGGAAUAAUUCUCAAGCACAACCUUCGAAAGCACAUGGCAGCAGCAGCAUGCGGAAAUUUCUCAUUCUGCUGUACAAAGGAUUCCUUCUCAGAAAGCGGCACUACUUAGUAACAUUUUUUGAAAUCGUUAUUCCCAUAUUUAUAGCUGCCGUCCCUGUGAUCAUCCAAUCGGAAUCGUCCCCUUACGACGUUGCACACAACCGGAUUGAUGAUAGAUCAACAGGAUCCCGCUGGAGUAAUAUAACUACAUACGAGCCAUUCGAUCCAUUAAAAUCGCGCGAAGGGCAGUAUUUUAAGAUAGAAUUUUUGUAUACUCCAUCUAAGCCACUUGCUGAAAGAUUUAUAAAUGAUUCCAUUGAGUUGUUUCAAAAAAGUACCAAUCACAAAGGAGAAAUAAUUUCAAGAGGCAUGGAUACUGAAGAGCAGAUGGAAAGUUAUACGUUAUAUAAGAAAGAAAAUGAUAAUCAGGCAGCUUUCAUAGGAACAGUUCUCCACGGCUUUGACGACAAAUUACCAGCAUACCUGGAUUACAAGAUCCGUUACAGUGAAAAAAACUGGUUCUUUGAUGCAUUUUCUUUUGAAACGUCGAGGAAGUAUCGAAUGAAUGGCCCGCAUGAUAAAAAUGAUUAUACCAGUUCUUACUUCAUUCCUUGGCAAACCGCAGUGGAAGAAACGUUUAUCCAAAGAAAAAUGGAAGAGCACAAAAAGCAUUUUGAUUAUAAAGUGUGGAUGCAGCAGUUCCCUUAUCCUGAGCACAAGGAAGGUCAAGCCAAAUUUGACGCAAAGACUAUUGCUUCUUGGGUCAUAUGCUAUGGACACUUGAUUUUUGUUAUAAAUAUAAUAAGAAGAAUAGUUGAAGAGAAGUCUAAUGGGUCUAAGGAGCUUUUGAAAAUGAUGGGUAUGACAAACUGCACCUACUGGACAAGCACAUUCAUGAAUUAUUUUAUUAUUGGCCUCAUCAAUGCUCUGGUCAUCGCAAUUCUUUAUAAAAGUCCCAUGAAAAAUGCGAUUGUUUUUGUGAAACAUUCAAACUUUUUGAUUUUAUUCUUGUUUCUGCUGCUGUUUCUAAUAAGUCUUAUACUCUUUUGCAUGGUUUGCAGUAUAUUUUUCAAUAGGGCUGUUUUUGCAAUAAUUGCCCUGUUGGUUAUAUACAAUACCUCUUUUACGACGCUGAUGUCACAGUAUUUCUUUCUGAACACCGAGGAUUAUUUUGCGUUAUCUGUGGGAAGUAAACUAGGAAUCUGCUUAUUGCCAACAGGUGCAUUACUAACAGGAUUCCAAAUUAUUAUCGUGUAUGAAGCGAGUGCUGAGGGUGUUCAAUGGAAUAAUAUGGAUGAACUUACAUUGAUACCGGAUAUGAGCAUGUCGAUGACUUUAGGUAUGAUGUUGGUUUCUUGCGUUUUGUACAUUUUUGCCAUCUGGUACUUAGAUGCUGUUUGGCCUUGGCAACCGGGUGUUCCUAAGCCAUUCUACUUCUUGUUCACAAGAAGUUACUGGUGUGGGAAUAAGGCUGAUUCUGAAGAGGACUUACAACUACUUGGAAAACCUAAUAAUUCUGAAUUUUUUGAAGAGGACCCAACUAAUAUAUAUGCAGGAGUAGUGAUAAAGAACUUGUUUAAGGAAUUCAGGUCGGGGCUUACUUCUAAACUUGCUGUGAAAGAUGUUUCCUUAAACAUUUACCAAGGCCAAAUUACUGCACUUCUAGGACAUAACGGCGCAGGAAAAACUACAACCAUUAAUAUUCUAACGGGUCUGUACACUCCAACAAGUGGUACUGCAUCUAUAAAUGGCUUCGACAUUUUGAAAGACACGGCUGAAGCCCGAGGCGGGUUUGGUGUGUGCCCUCAGCAUAAUGUCUUGUACGAUACACUUACUGUAGAAGAACAUUUGAGAAUGUAUGCGGCAAUGAAAGGAGUUCAGUGGAGUCAGCUGACUAAUGAAGCAACCCAAGUCUUAAACAUUUUAAAACUGGCUGACAAAAGACAUGAACUGGUGAAGAAUUUGUCUGGAGGAAUGAAAAGAAAAUUGAGUCUUGGAAUUGCAAUCGUUGGCGGAUCGAAAGUGUUGUUCUUGGACGAGCCAACCUCUGGCAUGGAUGUUGAGGCCAGACGAGGAGUAUGGGAUGCUCUGCUUGAAAUACGGCGAGAUCGUACCGUAAUUUUGACCACUCAUUACAUGGAGGAAGCAGAUAUUCUUGGAGAUAGGAUAGCCAUCAUGGCGGAUGGACAGAUACAAUGCUGCGGAUCUCCUAUGUUUCUCAAACAGAAAUUUGGAACUGGAUACCAUCUUCACGUUGUAAAAGACCAAUACUUUAAUAUGCAAGGCCUAGUGUUUCUUCUGCAAAAGUACGUUCCCGACGUUACCGUUGAAAACGAACUGGAGAAAGAUAUCUCCUUCAGACUACCCACAGCCACUGGAAAGGAAUUUGCAGAUAUGUUCGAAGAACUGGAAAGUCAGAAGAGCAAACUUGGUGUUAUUUCUUUCGGAAUAACUAUAACAACAAUGGAAGACGUUUUCUUAAACGUGUCGAAUAUUUCUGAUGUGAAUUCUAAGCUUCAAUCCGGAAAAUUAAAUCAGAAUAUUAACGAGCAGUUAGAAGAUGUCUACGGAGAUUCUGCUAAAGUGAGACCUCAACCUCGUCUUGUUAAUCAAUUCAUGGCUUUGUUAAUAAAACGCUUUCACUACGCUAAAAGACAUUGGGGCAUUCUGACAGCUCAAAUAAUAAUUCCAUUCCUCAUUAUGUGCUUAUGUUUCAUAAACCUGAAGUCAGCCCAACUGAAGAAAGAUAUAGAUCCACUAAAGCUUGAUAUCAGUUCCGUGUAUGGUAAAACUCAAGGCUUUUAUUACCGAGAAGAAGCUGGCCUUGCCAAUUUCUCAGACACAUUCCGGAAUGUUUUGGAAACAAACCAAGUGGAAGUUCAAAAAGUUCCUGAACCAACACACUAUGUUUUGGAUUAUGGCACUAAAAAUCUCGCAAAAUAUCUGAAAACUUUUCUGGUAGGGGGAGCCAUAGAUAAAGAUCAGAAUGAAACGAAUACGAUUAAUAUGACUGCUUGGUUCAAUGGCGAACCUUAUCAUGCUCCACCAAUGUCUCUUCUUCUGAUGCAUACUGCUAUAUUGAAGUCGAUUUCCGACGACGGUGGAAUUACAUUAGUCAAUGCACCACUUCCCCAGUCCACGAGCAGAUCCGAACAGCUCUCAGAAAUAAUUAAGACACUAGCCAGAAUACUUGCAGCUGUUUUUGUUCCAAUGGCAUUUUCUUCCUUGUCCGCGGGUUUUGUAUUAGUACCAAUACAUGAGAGAGCCACAAAAGCGAAAUUGUUGCAGUUAAUGAGUGGAGUUCCAGCAACGAUAUACUGGAUUGCGAUGUUUGUCUGGGAUUAUCUGAUGUACUUCAUUGUCUGCAUUUUGAUGAUUAUACCCUACGGAAUUUUCGCCAACUAUGUCUUCUUUGGGGAACGCUCAGAAGCCAUAGGCACUGCUUUGCUGUUAAUGCUCUUUCAUGGAUGGGCCUCAAUACCUUUUAGUUAUUUAUUAUCAUUUUGGUUCCAAAGAGGAAAUGCUGGAUUCGCUGCUGUAGUAGGAAUAUGUAUUUUUGUUGGUACCGCUUUGGGUUCAACUUUGACGGCUGUUAAAAUUGCGUUUCCUGCCAGUGGAAUUGUGAGUUUUUUCAUGUGGGUUUUUCGUUUUCUACCACCUUUCAGUCUAUCGUCUGGAUUUGCGAAUCUUUUUGCAGUUGCUUAUCCAAAUGCCUUUUGUGAAAGUAUUCCGAAAAAAGACCUUGACUUUAAUUGCGAUCCAGCAAACCUAGACAUAAGUAAUCCAUUAUUCAAGUGCUGCAAAAAGGCGUGUGGAGAAAACUGCUUAAAAGCAGUCUAUCCUAUCACUUGGGAAGAUAUUGGUUGUGGACGUGAGCUGUUUGCAUUGGCUCUCAGCGGCUUCAUUUAUUUUGGCAUUUUAUUCCUCAAGGAAACGCCUUAUUGGGCAUACUUCUUCAGAGCUCUGAGGUAUAGGCUGCGAAGACUGAAGAAGCAAGCUGCGCCGCUAUUCAUACGUCAAGAAAGUGUCAUUGAAGAUACCGAAGUGAUCCAGGAAGAAGAAAGGAUUCGAAAUAUGACAGCGACUCGGUACGGAUCUGGCGAAGAAGCAUUGCUGGUCUCAGACUUGUCAAAAGAAUUUAACAACUUUUAUGCAGUCAACAAAUUAUCGUUCGGUAUUCGCCAGGAAGAAUGUUUCGGCCUUCUAGGAGUGAACGGAGCUGGAAAGACAACCACUUUCAGGAUGCUGACGGGAGAUUGCGAACCAACGAGUGGAAAUGCUUUCAUCCAGAACAGCUCAUUGCUAACAGAUUUGAAAACGUUCCAAUCUUACUUGGGUUAUUGUCCGCAAUUUGAUGCACUGAUUGAUCGUUUAACUGGUCGAGAGAUGCUGAUGCUUUUUGGUCAACUAAGAGGUUUAACUGGAUAUAGUUUGCUACAGAUGGUAGAUAAGUUGAUCAAAAUGACCGACUUGAUCAAACAUGCCGAUAAACAGACGCAAUUUUACAGCGGUGGUAAUAAAAGAAAACUAUCUGUUGCAAUCGCUCUCAUUGGAUCGCCACCUUUGAUCUUAUUGGAUGAACCAACAGCGGGAGUUGAUCCUGUAUCUCGCAGAAAGAUUUGGAGCAUACUCUCACAAGCACGGAAUAACACAGGAGCUGCAGUUCUACUUACGACGCACAGCAUGGAGGAAAGCGAAGCGCUCUGCAACCGGCUAGCCAUCAUGGUAAAUGGUCGCUUCCGUUGUCUCGGUUCCAUUCAACAACUCAAGUCCAAAUAUGGCCAAGGAUAUACGUUGAUCAUUAAAGUGAAAAGAGAGGACCAAGAAAAUAUAGAAAAAAUUGAGGCAAUCAAAUCCCAUAUUCAGACUAAUCUUCAAGGAGCAAAUCUGAAAGAUGAUCAUCAGGGUAUGCUUCAAUAUCAUAUCGUCAAUCCAUCCAUUACAUUGAGUUAUCUUUUCAAGUUUAUGUCGGAGAUGAAGACUCAGUUUGAAUUGGAAGACUACCUCAUCAGUGACACUUCAUUGGAGCAAAUUUUCUUAACAUUUGCGCGUGCGCAGAGAGUUACCGGUCAAUAGACUUUCAGAACUCAUUAUGUAAAUUAUUUGAGAAAAAUGAAAAUGUAUAUAAAUCGUAAAAAUUGUUGAGAAUUUGUUAUAAUAUUAAAUUGUUUAGAGAA